AUGACGACGACGACGAGCCACUAUGAGGCCAUUAUCGUCGGGUCCGGACAGGGCGGGGGCCCGCUGGCACUGGCAUUUGCCAAGGCGGGCCGACGCACGGCGCUGAUCGAGUCGACGCACGUUGGCGGGACGUGCAUCAACGAGGGCUGCACGCCGACCAAGACCAUGGUGGCCAGCGCCCGCAUCGCCCACCUGGCCUGCCGCGCCCAGAGCUACGGCGUGCAGUUCAAGCGGUCCAGCCUGGUGCUGAACAUGGACACGGUGCGCAAGCGCAAGCGCGACAUGGUCGACAGCUUCCGCGGCAGCAGCGAGAACCGCUUCAAGACCGCCGAGAACCUCGACCUCAUCAUGGGCAAGGCCCGGUUCACGGGGCCCAAGACGCUGGAAGUCGUCGAGCAUGAUCAUCGUGAUGACAACAAUAACAACAGCAGCAGCAGCAGCAGCAGCAGCAGCCCGUUCCUCACUCUCACCGGCGACCAAAUCUUCAUCAACGCCGGCUGCUCCCCCGCGGGCCUGACGGCCAAGAACGCCGACAAGACCGAGGGCCUGCUCACGUCGACCACCAUCAUGGAGCUGGGCGAGGUGCCGCGCCACCUGGCCAUCAUCGGCGGCGGCGCGGUCGGGUGCGAGUUCGCGCAGAUGAUGAAGCGGUUCGGCGCCCGGGUCAGCCUGAUCCAGCGCCAGGACCAGCUGCUGCCGCGCGAGGACGCCGACGUGGCGGACGAGAUCCGCAACAUCUUCGCCGGCGCGGGCAUCGACGUCUACCUGGGCGCCACGGUCAAGGAGGUCUCCAACGUCACGCUGGGCCAGAUCGUCGUCUCCCUCACCCAGGGCGACGGCACGCCCAAGUCGCUGCUGUGCUCGCACGUGCUGGUGGCCGCGGGCCGGACCCCCAACACGGCCGACCUGGGCCUGGCCCGCGCGGGCAUCGAGGUGGACGGCCGCGGCUUCAUCAAGGUGGACGAGCACCUUGCCACCACGGCCCCGGGCGUCUGGGCCCUGGGCGACAUCAAGGGCGGCGUGCAGCAGACGCACGUCAGCUACGACGACUUUCGGGUGCUGCGGCACAACCUGAUCACGCACGCCGACGGCAACGAGCGGGCGUCGAUCCAGGGCCGCCUGGUGCCCUACACGACAUUCAUCGACCCGCAGUUGGGCCGCGUGGGCAUGACCGAGAAGGAGGCCCGCGCGCUGCCACAGCCCCGGAACGUCAAGGUGGCCAAGAUGCCCAUGGCCUACGUGGCCCGCGCGCUCGAGAUGGACGAGACCAAGGGCUUCAUGAAGGCCGUGGUCGACGCCGACUCCAAGGAGAUCCUGGGCUUCGCCUGUCUGGGCAUCGAGGGGGGGGAGAUCAUGAGCAUGGUCCAGUUGGCCAUGUUGGGCGGGUUGACCUACGACGAGUUGGAAAAUGCCAUGUUCGCGCACCCGUGCUUGAGCGAGAGUCUCAACAAUCUCUGGGGAUUUCUGGAGUGA